GGAGGAAGGAUGAAGGGGAACGAAGCGCAAAGGAGGUAGCUAGUGAGGGGAGAAGUGGUGAGAAGGUGGGAGAGAAAGAGAGAGAGAGAGAGAGAGCAGUCAUGGAAGGUAAGACAGGUAAGCAGGGAUCAAUCCUUCCCCCUCCUGAUGACACGUGGAACCUGGCGUAUGCCAUCUUCUUCUGGCUGGGCCUGGGCAUUCUUAUGCCUUGGAAUGCGUUCAUUACUGCCAUUGAUUACUUCGGUGACAUCUAUCCUGGUCUCCACGUCGAUCGGGUCGUCAGCAUCUCCUACAUCUUCCCCUUGCUCCUCUUCCUUCUUCUGUUGGUUUUCCUUGGCAGACAUUCCUCCUCCUCCUCCCGGGCGUUGUUCGGGUUCGCUCUUUACGCUGUGAGCGUUCUGGUAGUCCCUCUGGUGGACUGGUGUGGAGUAAGGAGUAGCGAGAGUACUAUCUCCCAUGUGCGCGGGACUCCAGCUACACUCAUCUUGACUGUGGUCUCGAUUGCCAUCGCGGGCGCAGCGGAUGCCCUGGCCCAAGGGAGUGCGUUCGCUUUCGUCGGGGAAUUGCCGACCAGGUACACGCAAGCGAUCGUGGCGGGAACGGCGGCAUCUGGAAUCUUCGUAUCUUUACUGCGAUCAGCGACCAAGGCGGCUUUGCCGCUACGGCAGAGUGCCUACGUGUACUUCUUAGUAGCGUUCGUUUGUGAGCUGCUGUGCAUGGUUGGCUUCCCCGUGGUGCGGUCGUUGCCUGUCGUGAAGUACCAUCGGUAUCGGGAUUGGGGGGGUAGGGGGAGCAAGGGAGGUGGGGGAGGUGGCGGAGGUGGCGGCGGGGAACGUGGAGGUCGGGAUCGCGGCGACGAGGAAGGAAAGUUUGGGGAUGCGCAUGGGCGUCGGGGGGGCAGCGGUAGAGGCAGCACCGAGCAAGCCGUUGGGAUCGGGAGGGCGGCGAAUGCUGCUGCUGUUGGUGCUGGUAGAGAAGGCGCCGCCGGCGCCGAUGUGAUACUCAGGGUCCCGUCGGGCGAUCCCGAUCGUAGUCCUGUGAUUAGCGGAGCAGAAGAAGGAGGAGGAGGAGGAGGAGGAGGAGGAGCCGGCAGGAAUGAAGGCGAGUUGAGGAAUUGGGAAGAAGAAGAAAACGAUCGUUGUAAUCAUAGUGAUGAUGAUGAUGAUCGUGCUCUUCUUGGAGUGGAGAGUGAUGGACUUGUCAAGUCGCCGCCCAAAGGGAUUCUCACGGAGGCUAAGAGAAGGAUGAUGGCCGGGAUCGGGAUCGUCGGAGGAGCAGCAGGAGGGAGUAGGAAUUUGGACGUUGUUGGGGAUGCAAUCUCCUCCCCUUUGCUACCUCCUCCUCCUUCGUCUGCUGCCGGUGAAGGCGGACUACAUUCAACUCAUCGCAAAACAGUGCCAGCUGUCAGUGUUACUCAAGUGGCCUGGCAUAUCAAGGGUUACAUGGCCAGCGUGACGUGGAUGUUUGUCGUUACCUUGUCCAUUUUCCCGGGCUUUAUUACGGAAGACAUCCAUUCUACUCUGUUCGGUAAUUGGUACCCGGUUCUGUUGAUCUCAUCUUAUAAUCUGGGGGAUUUCGCGGGUAAGAUGUUCCCGCUGGUCCACGUGGUCAAGAACCAGCUGGUCGUGAUGAGGUGCACAUUGUGGCGGGGACUAUUUUUCCCGCUCUUCGCGCUGAUUAGUUAUGGGCCGGAAAUGUUUCACAACGAAGCGUACGUCAUGCUCAUCACGCUGGCGCUUGGAGUAUCCAACGGGCACCUAAUGUCUCUGCUUAUGAUGGAGGCACCCAAGCAAGUGGAACUACACGAGGCUGAGGCAGCGGGACAGCUCAUGGUCCUCUCCCUCGUAGUGGGACUGGCAAUUGGGUCUCUGGGAGGGUGGGCCUGGCUUCUGAUACCCGCGUACUGUUACGGUCGAGCUUGUCUAGCUGGCAUGCUCCUCAUUUGGCUCGCUGCCCUAUCUACCGUCAGUGCAGUGAUUCGCUGACCCUCUUUUUCUUUUCGUUUUUUUGAAUUUUUUUCUUUUUUUUGGUGGGGGGGGGGUGUUGAGGGGGAAAGGGGGGGGCGGUUGACCAUCAGUGUUUUUGUUGUUUUUUGUGUUUUUUUGGGGGGGAGAGUCGAGAGUGAUGGAGUUUUUUUUUGUUUUUUUUUUUGACAGAGAAAUGGGAAAUUGAAAUGAAUGAAAGUUUGUGGGUGGUGGUGAAGCCUCUGCCAACGGCAGCAAAUAACCAAUCAAUCAAUCAAUCAAUCAAUCCAUCGAAUCAAUCAAGGCAAAUCAAUCAG